UUGUUAAACAUUUAUAAUGCUAUACCUUAAGGAAAGCUUGGUAAAGUCGCCUUUAUUCUUCGCAUUAAUAUGCAUUUCCAUCUAUAUCGAUUAUGGACUAGCAUAUCCUUCAACUUCUACAAAAAUUGUAUCCAGUGAAAGUUUGUAUAACAAUGAGUUCGAUAACGUAAACUUGGAUGAAAUAUUAAAUCAAGAUCGUUUGCUUAACAAUUAUAUUAAAUGCCUUGAAAGAGCAGGGCCUUGCACCCCUGAUGGCAAAAUGCUGAAACAAAUUCUUCCGGACGCAAUGCUAACCGAUUGCUCGAAAUGUACGCAAAAACAAAAGUGCGGCGCUGAAAAAGUAACAAGUCAUCUGAUUGACAACCGACCAAAAGAUUGGGAACGUCUCGAAAAAAUAUAUGAUCCAAUGGGAACAUACCGCUUAAAAUACCAAAAAAAAAAACAGAAUCAUAUUUAAAAGCACUUUUAUAGAAACCUAAUUUACGCGGUUCGUUUCGUGAAAAUAAUGUUUUAUGUUAAGGACCCCAAUAACAUCAAAAUUAAUGAAAAAAAUUAAUGUUUGCCAAAAAGAAUUUGUCUCUUUUUACCUAAAACCUUAUCUUGCGAGCACAGAAAUUGCUCUACUGGCUCAAAGACAGUAUAAACGACUGUAAACAGUCUCGUGCUUACGAUAGCAGUCGUACUAUAAUUAUAUGUCAACAAAUACAUUUCUUACAUGUGAA